AUGACGGAAUAUUACCGUAUUGUCGGCAAUAGCGAUAAAGAAGUAUAUGACUGGCUUCAAAAGGAGCGAGAUGGCGUCGUAGAGGGCACCGGCUACACGCCGAGUGAGCCUUCGAACAUCCGAUCUAUCAAGGAGCGGAAGCUUCAAUGGAACGAACUAACAAGAGAGCUCCGUGCUCUCGAAAAGUCUCCUUGGGGAGACCCUUUAUCGAUCCUUCCUCCAGAACUGUGGCUGGAGAUAUUUAUACAUGGACUCGGGCUCAGCAAAGCCGAGACUUUCUUCGAAAUGAGCAAGAGUCGAAACUGUAUUGACCGUAUGCUAUUAGGGACACUCGUUUGCACUCGCUGGCGGGAUGCCCUUCUCGCCACGCCGGAUCUGUGGUCGGUGAUAUGCAUAGGACUCCAUAACGAAGAAGACAAGGAGGAUAAGAUCCUUACGUCUCUCGCUCUUUCUGGCUCCGCUCGCCUCCGUCUCUACAUCGAUCUCUACUCGAAUGACUGGCAAGAGUACAGUCCCUUGCUCACGCCUCACUCUGACCGAAUCACGAGCAUUACAGUGUGCAAGCACCCUCUCAGUCAUCGAUUUCUCACCAAGGACGAUAUAUCGACGCUCUUUUCCUCGCUUGGUCCACUACCCAACUUGACAGAAUUACACAUCACCCCUGAAAUUCCAUUCAUCGAAGGCGACGUACUUGAUAUUCUCAUUCAUCACGCGCCCAGUUUGUCUGAAUUGCGUGGAGUCUGGGUCCGCGACUCUGACUCUUUGGAUUUACAGUCGCGACAGCUCCAAACUCUCUCCAUAUCUGCGCUUGCCGAUACGGUAAUUCCCAUCCUCCAACUCCAGACAUCCUUGAAACGACUCUAUGUUCAAUCAAUCGGGUCCUUUAAUGGCGAGGAUUGUUCAACAGAAGAUACAGCGCGUAAAUUGGAGACAUUGAUGGUCAUCUUCCGGGUCGAAAAGGCCGCAUCCAAGCUAUUUGACUAUAUAUCUAGAGCGUCUAGGCUCUCUUAUCUACAUCUCAUCAUAUCAGGGUCUUGGGAAAGCUUACCGCCUCUAUUCGAAAUAUUUGACGAACUCCCAAACCUUACCCAUCUUAGCAUCGACAUUCAGCAAGUGUCCAAGGCAAAGAUACCGAAAUUGAGGCGGUCCAAUCCAACCCCGAUUCGCCAUCUCUCCAUCGUUUCGGACGGGGAAUACAUACAUAUUUUGGACGCAUUGACAGGAAGCACACCUUGGCUCAUCACUCUGCUCAUCGAAUCAGAGGGAGAUGCUGUAUACCCUGCCGAUUUUAUCACGGCUCUUACCAGACUCGAAACGCUACAUAUAAACUUUCACCGGGGGAUAGACAUGCUCUUGAUCCAUGUAGAGGGGCUCCUGCGUCUCGAGCUAUACAUAUCCAGUCUUGCUGGCAACGCAAGCCCGGUGACCUUGCUUUGCCCAAACCUUCAAACCCUCCGUGUGCUCAAUGCAGCCAAAUAUCCUGUAAAGGAAGAGACCGCUUUCAAAUCAAUGCUGGAUAUUGAUGUUACCCCACAACUUGAAGACUUUGAUUGCUAUAAAGUGCCGUUGAUUUUCAACGUCGCUACUAUCCAAAAGCUGUCCAAUUUACGGAGACUAGAAUGCACGGAGAGCGCUCUAUCUACUAAUUUACUUCUAUAUUGCUUGAUAAUGCAGCCGAUACUGCUACCACGCCUCGAGCAAAUCGCCUUGCCAACGCGUCAAGUCCCCUGGGACUUAUUAUUACUCUUCCUAGAGCGGAGAAACACUCUACCAUCCACUUUAGGUGUACGCCAUCUCGUACAUGUAAUGGUCUUUGGCCGCCCACCAUUACCAGUGGCAAAACGCAUUGUCCAGACGCUCAAACGUGAGUUUAUUUUCACCGAACAUCAAUCAUACAAGGCAUUCUCGAUGGAGGUCAUUUGGAGACGAUAUAUGGACGUCCGUGUGACUGGGUGCCAAUCCUGUGUACUAGCACUGAAAGAGUGCGACGUCUCGAUUAAUCCCGUGCUGUCACAAUUCCCCAGGAUUGCGUCGUUAUCUGCCAGAACAUUUCCCUUUGAAGCCGACACGGUUGCGUGGCCAGCCAUAAUCCCGGAACCUUCUAUAGACGAGGCAGUAGUAGACUGGUUGGAACACCGGCUAGUGGUAGCUCAGCAGCUCCAGACUCAGUGGCCAUCAUGGAACAGGGGUUCUCUUCGCCUGGUUUUGGACGAACAUCGACCACCGCCCCUUUACUUUGGUUUCAGCGCCGAACGACCAAUCGGUCAGUUAUACUUCUCCAACUGA